UCGCUAGACAAUCUGAUAAAUACCAAAAUUCCUUUGUUUUAUUAAAAAGCGAUCGCACACGUGAACCAAAAAAUUAAAGUAUUUUAAUUUGAACUUGAUAUUUUUUUAUAAUUUGAUGGUCAUACCCUGCUUUGUGCUCUGGUUGUUUAACAUAACUUUUACAUUUUUUGUCUCGCUUCAACGAAUCAUGAGACCUGCUGAUGACAUUUUGCAAUUUCCACACAGAUGACAGAUAACAGUAAAAGCUGUAAUAUAAAUUAUUGUAAAGCAGUUACAUGUAAAACACGAUUUCAAACGCAAUUUUCAUGUUUCCUGCAUUAUCAGCGAUUCGGUCACCAGCAGCGAGCCUAUAAAUACCAUGUAAGCAAUGAUCCUAUUCACAAUUUUACGGAAAGCAAUAAAACACCACGAGUACAAAUGAAGUUCUCACUCAGCAUGCAGUUCAGCGAGAGCGCAAUUUUGUUUAUAAUUUGUGUGCUGAACGGGUUUUCGAAGGCCGAGCAACCAUACACCGUUAAGAAUGAGCGUUUAGAGCCUUUCCAGGGCUUAAAAGAGACAGCCUUUGAUUUGAGCGAUUUGAAAAUUGUUGGACGUCAGCGUUAUAUCAACGGUAGUGUGACACUCGCCGAAGACAUGUCUAGUGAGCAUUUCAAAUUUCAGGUAGAAAUUUUCUCCUCACCACAAGGCGAUGGUCAAUAUAGGCAAUUGCCAAUGGGCGUGCCACGUACGCCUGUUUGUGAGGGCGUCAAAGAAUUAUAUACGAAAUUGUUGGAACCGUCUUUGGUUGAGGGUAAAAAUACCGACUUUCCGCAUGUGCCCGAAGACGGUUUGUGUCCGAUACCGAAGGGUCAAUAUUUUGUUAAGGACUUGGAUAUGAAAACAGACACUUGGCCAAAUCAGAUACCACGUGGCCUGUUGAAAGCGAAAUUAACAUUUUUCAAGGACGAAGUUGAUGUUGGCGGCAGUUAUGUGAUAAUAAGAGUCGAAGAUCGGGAGUGAGAAACGAACGAGUUGGAAAAUCUUUUAAGCAGAAAUUUUGUUGUGCUUUGGUUAAUGGUUAUAAUUCUUAAUAAAAUGUAUUUGCAAAAGUUUA